AGGCAUUAAUAUGGGAGGACAACUACAUGACUGGCCUACAUUCAUGUCAAUAACAAAUGUAAGGAUAUGUUAUAUGCUUGUUUAAUUUUAUAAUGACAAUAUAAAUUGUUUCAUGAAAGUGGCUUAUCAAAACAAGCCACUAAAUUCUUUUACUCCUUACGUUUUUAAACUACAACAGAAAAUAUCAAAAUAUCAUUCUUUAUUUUCUAUGAGCUUUAGUGGGCUCAUAUCCUUUUCACAAAAUAACUGUUGUUAAUCUUUAAGAGGAAGUAAGGCUACUCUGCUUCUAAUUUUGCAGGUGUUAGAUGAAAAAAAUAUGAGUUGCUCCUCUCAGCCAUGGCUUUCACCCACGUGUCAAGCCAACAGCUAGACAUAAAGAUCUCAGAUAUGGUGGCUGCAGCACACAUCAUAAACGCAACCUUAGUCAUUCCUCAAUUGGAUAAAUGCUCAUUAUGGCGAGAUACAAGCACAUUCUCUGACAUACUUGACAAGCAUCAUUUCAUCACAACCUUACAAGAUGAUGUAAGGAUUGUUAAGGCACUAUCGAAGGAAUUGGUGUCAAUUCCUCGAGCCAGGAAACACUUCAUCUCCUGGUUUGGCAUGGGUUAUUAUGAAGAGAUGGCUUGAUUAUGAAGGAUUAUCAGGUAUAAAAGACUAAUU